CUAACACCAGUGAGAGGAACGUGCGGCUCUGUUGUCACGCCGUUUCAUACGCACCGGUUCGUUAUGAAUGCCACAGUUUUAUUGAAUAGCAGCAUCGGAUUUGAACACGCAUUUUUCGAGCUUACCUUUUGGCAGUAACGAGCCUCGCCUGGUCUCUGAGAUGGAGAACUUAGAGCUGAGCCUGUCAUCUCUGAGCACCAUCUCCAGGCACGUUGGCCAGAGCCCCAACCCCCUCAACCAAUACCUCUCAAAACAGAUAUGGAGUCAGAAGGACCGACAAUGUAUUCUGGAGUGUUUGGCUCAGCUUCUUUUAGAAAAGGAUUACACUUUGCUGGUGGCACGACACCUGCGGCCGCUGGUUCUGGAUCUCCUGGAGCGGAACGCUGAGAGGGUGAAAGUGGAAGGCAGGAUUAACCACGACCUUCACGAGCGGCUGUGCGUGGCCCUCAGCAAACUCCUCAGCAUCAGCCCUGACGCACCCGCGUUUGCUGCCCGGUACUUCAGCAACGCGCCCCCCGUGUUCCAGAGGCUCUUCUUCACAAGUGAAGAGGCGUCAGCCGUCCAGUAUGGCCCCAGAAGGAUGAAGCUGCGCGACCUCAUGGGCGCUGCGCUGUGUUUUCUGCAGAGUGAUUGUGCCCAAUAUCGAAUGCUGUGGGACUGGAGUCCCUGCGUGUCCCAGCUGCAGACCAGUGACGUCAUGGUCCGAGGGUUCACCGCCCAGUGCUUAGCACUCGUCUCUCACAUGACUGAUAAUCAGAAGAUCAUCUUCCUGAGGAAGGUGCUGACAAACGACGAGAUCCUUCGCAUGAAAAUUAAAGCCGUGGAGGAGAGUCAGCAGGCGGAGGCAGAGAAAGCCCUGGUGUUGGCCAAUCAGGGCUCAGUGAAGUGGCACCAGGACACGGGGAAAAGGUUCACCAGGGGCCAGGUGGUGUCGGAGGACCUGUCCCCCAACGUCGUGGCAGUUUGCGGUGUCGUACUGCCCAGAAUAGUUCCCAGACAGACCGAACAGGUGAACCCGGCAGACCUGGUGCUCGUAGGCUCCACCUGCCACAAUCUGAGGAGGCUGGCUCUGGCCGUGGCGGCCCAGAAGGCCGUGCUGCUCGAGGGCCCCAUCGGCUGUGGGAAAACCGCCCUGGUGGAGUUUCUGGCCGCCGUCACCGGACACACAAAAGCUGCAGAGCUUUUCAAGGUCCAGCUCGGGGAUCAGACCGACAGCAAGAUGCUGCUGGGGAUGUACCGCUGUACGGACGUUCCAGGGAAGUUCGUGUGGCAGCCAGGGACGCUCACACAGGCCGUCUGCAAAGGCCAGUGGAUCCUCCUGGAGGACAUUGAUCACGCUCCUUUGGAUGUGAUAUCGGUGCUGCUGCCCUUGAUGGAGAAUAAAAAGUUGAUGAUUCCAGGACGGGAGGAUUGCGUUGAUGUUGCUCCUGGAUUUCAGUUCUUUGCAACCAGAAGGAUGUACUACAGUGGGGGCAGUUGGCACAAGCCGCAGAACUCCCACGCAGCACUCCUGGACAAGUACUGGACCAAGCUGCAGAUGGGCAACAUGACACGAGAGGAGCUCAAGAAGGUGCUGGUCAGCAGGUAUCCCAGGCUGACCGUGGUGUCGGAGCGUCUGCUAGACAUCUACUGCCAGCUGACCGGGGAGAGACACUCGGACCUGGACACCAGCCGUCCCCAGGCCCCCGACGACAACCAGGGACACGAGGCCCAGGACAAAACCACCCUGCUGGAGGGGAGAGCUCUGUCCCUGAGGGACCUGCUGAAGUGGUGCACGAGGAUCAGUGUAGAAUUUGACGGCACAUCAUCAGCCACAGCACAACACGUCUUCCAAGAGGCUCUGGACUGCUUCACAGCCAUGCUGUCCUGUCCUGCCAGUCGACUGCGGCUGGCCGAGGUCAUUGGGAGCAAACUCAACAUCUCCAGAGAAAAGGCCCAGCACUUCUGCCAGAUGUACCAGCCGGGCAUCUCUCUGGCGGAGCUGCAGACCUCGGUGGGCCGGGUGACGCUCACGCGGAAACAGACGGAGGCCGUGCAUCUGAGUGUGGACACCCAAACGUUUGCUGCCACGAGACCUUCUGCUGUCCUGCUGGAGCAGCUGGCCGUCUGCGUGGCCAAGGGAGAGCCCGUGCUCCUGGUGGGAGAGACGGGGGCGGGGAAGACCUCCACCGUGCAGCACCUGGCCAGAGUUACAGGGCACAGGUUGCGGGUCGUGAACAUGAACCAGCAAAGUGACACCGCCGAUCUGCUUGGAGGAUACAAACCCGUGGACACCAAGCAGAUCCUGCUCCCGCUGCGCGAGGCCUUCGAGGACCUGUUCUCCCAGACGUACUCCAGGAAGCAGAACCUGACCUUCCUGGGCCACGUGCAGACCUGCUUCAGGGGGAAGCGCUGGCAGGACCUGCUCAAGCUCAUGGACCACGUCUGCAAGUCUGCUCUCACCAAGGAGCUGCAGGAGAAAUCCAAUGUGGUGUUGCUGCGGGAGCAGUGGGAGGUGCUGGCUCUGAAGCUGAGUCAAACCCAGCAGCAGAUCCAGGCCUGUGAGACGGCCAUGCUGUUUGCUUUUGUGGAAGGGACUCUGGCUCAGGCGGUGAAGAAGGGCCACUGGAUCCUGCUGGACGAGAUCAACCUGGCGGCAGCCGAGACCCUGGAGUGUCUGAGUGGACUCCUGGAAGGAAGUGGAGGAUCUCUGGUGCUGCUGGAUCGUGGGGACACUGAGCCCCUGGUCCGGCACCCUGACUUCCGUCUCUUUGCUUGCAUGAAUCCAGCCACGGAUGUCGGGAAGAGGAACCUUCCUCUGGGUCUCAGGAACAGGUUUACUGAGCUGUACGUGGACGAGCUGGAGAACGAGGGAGACCUGAGGAUCCUCGUCUCAGACUACCUCAAGUGCUUGAAUCCUCACAGAAAUAUCAUCUCUGGAAUUAUAAGCUUUUACCUGGCGGUGCGUAAGGCCGCCAGCUCCCAGCUGGUGGACGGGACGGGCCACCGGCCCCACUACAGCCUCCGGACUCUGUGCCGGGCUCUGAAAUACGUGGCAUCAAACCCCUGUCACAGCGUGCAGCGCUCGCUCUACGAGGGCUUCUGCCUGAGCUUCUUGACCCAGCUGGACAGGAGCUCUCACCCUCUGGUCCAGAAACUGGUGUGUCAGCACAUCCUGAUGGGAAACACCAAGUGUCUCAAACAGCCCAUCCCGGCCCCGUCCAGCCGGGCCUGUGUGCAGCUGGAGGGCUACUGGGUCCCCCAGGGGGAGAUGGAGCCAGCCCUGGACCCCACAUACAUCCUCACCAGCUCCGUCAAGCUCAACCUCCGAGACCUCACCAGGGUGGCCUCUGCAGGGACUCACCCGGUGCUGAUCCAGGGGGAGACGUCGGUGGGGAAAACCAGCCUGAUCCGCUGGCUGGCGGCGGCCACGGGGAACCAGUGCAUGAGGAUCAACAACCACGAGCACACGGACAUCCAGGAGUACAUCGGCUGCUACUCCUCAGACCAGCGGGGCAAGCUGGUGUUCAGAGAGGGAGUUCUGAUCGAUGCCAUGAGGAAAGGCUACUGGAUCAUCCUGGACGAGCUGAACCUGGCCCCCACCGACGUGCUGGAGGCUCUCAACAGAUUGUUGGAUGACAAUCGGGAGCUUUUUGUGGCCGAGACGCAGGAAGUGAUCAAGGCUCACCCCAGAUUCAUGCUGUUUGCAACCCAGAACCCCCCUGGACUCUACGGGGGCAGAAAGGUUCUGUCCAGGGCCUUCAGGAACCGCUUCGUGGAGCUGCACUUCGACGAGCUGCCCAGCGCGGAGCUGGAGACCAUCCUGCACCAGCGCUGCAGCCUGCCCCCGUCCUACUGCUCCAAGCUGGUCAGAGUCAUGCAGGACCUGCAGUCACUACGUAAAGGAUCUUCUGUGUUUGCGGGGAAACACGGCUUCAUCACACUGAGAGACCUGUUCCGCUGGGCGGACCGCUACCGGCUGGAGGAGCAGGCUGAAACAUCUCGGGACUGGCUGCAGCAUCUAGCAGACGAUGGGUACAUGCUGCUGGCAGGACGAGUGAGGAAGCCUGAGGAGGAGGCCGUCAUCCUGUCCACCCUGCAGAGACACUUCAAGAGGACCGUGAGGCCGGAGAGCCUGUUCUCUAAGAAACAACUCACCAGCCAGUUCAGUCCCCACGUGGACAGCAUCGCCGGGGUGCCGGAGGAGUUCAGGCACGUGGUGUGGACGCAGGGCAUGACCCGGCUGGCCGUGCUGGUGGGACGGGCGCUGCGGUUCGGGGAGUCGGUCCUGCUGGUCGGAGACACGGGAUGUGGAAAGACCACCAUCUGCCAGCUGUUUGCUGCCCUGUGUGGCCAGAGAUUCUUCUCCGUCAACUGUCACCUGCACACGGAGACGUCCGACUUCCUGGGGGGGCUGCGCCCCGUUAGACACGCUCAGCAGACGGACGGGGAUGACGGCCGGCUGUUCCAGUGGCACGACGGCCCCCUGGUGCUGGCCAUGAAGGAGGGGGGAGUGUUCCUCAUGGACGAGAUCUCCCUGGCAGACGACUCGGUGCUGGAGAGACUCAACAGUGUUCUGGAGACGGAACAGUCCCUGGUGCUGGCGGAGAAGGGGAGCGGAGACGACGACGACGUGGAGCUGAUCAAAGCCGCCGCAGGCUUCCGCCUGGUGGCCACCAUGAACCCCGGAGGAGACUUUGGAAAGAAGGAGCUCUCUCCCGCCCUCAGGAACCGCUUCACAGAGAUCUGGUGUCCCCAGAGCAACAGCCGCAGCGACCUGCUGCAGGUCAUCCAGCACAACCUGCGCUCAGGCCUCUCCCUCGAUGGCGGCGACAUCGCGGAGCUGAUGCUGGACUUCGUGGAGUGGCUGACCCAGCAGGACUUCGGCCGGCGCUGCAUCCUGAGCGUCAGGGACAUCCUGUCGUGGGUCAGCUUCCUGAACGUGGUGUGUGAGCGGGACGAGGACGGGUUCAUGACCAUGGGGGGGCCGGAGGACGAGGAGGAGGAGUGGAACCUCAGACUGGACACCGUCACCGCCUUCAUCCACGCUGCCUGUCUGGUCUACGUGGACGGGAUCGGCUCAGGAACCACAGCGUCGUGUGCAGACACUGCUCUCCUGGCUCGGCGGAUGUGCCUGGGCUUCCUGCAGCAGAGUCUGAGUAAAAUGACCAAACUGGACCAGGAGAUGCUGGACGCCCUCAGAGUGUAUGAUAGCAGGAUGCCGCGUGAACCUCAGUGGGGGGACGACUUCUUUGGCAUCGACCCCUUCUACAUCGCCCUGGGGCCGGUGACUGCGAGCCGCAGCCUGUCGGACUACGCCAUGGCAGCGGGCACCACGGCGGUGAACGCCCAGCGGCUGCUGCGGGCCCUGAAGCUGCAGAGGCCGGUGCUGCUGGAGGGCUCCCCCGGGGUGGGGAAGACCAGCCUGGUGGCCGCGCUGGCCAAGGCCUCGGGGAACCACCUGGUCAGGAUCAACCUGUCGGAGCAGACGGAUGUGACGGACCUGUUUGGGACAGACCUCCCCGUGGAGGGAGGGAAGGGAGGAGAGUUUGCGUGGCGGGACGGCCCCCUGCUGGCUGCUUUCAAGGCCGGACACUGGGUGGUCCUGGACGAGCUGAACCUGGCCUCCCAGUCGGUGCUGGAGGGUUUGAACGCCUGCUUCGAUCACAGAGCAGAGCUCUACAUCCCUGAGCUGGGCAUGAGCUUCCAGGUCCAGCAUGAGAAGACCAAGAUCUUUGGCUGCCAGAACCCGUUUACUCAGGGCGGGGGGAGGAAGGGAUUACCCAAGUCCUUCCUCAACCGCUUCACUCAGGUUUUCGUGGACCAGCUCACCAGCAAAGACAUGGAGUUCAUCGGAGAUUCUAUUUUUCCAAAUAUUGAUAAGGAAAUCAUUGCCAAAAUGGUGGAGUUCAGUAACAGGCUGGUGCAGGAGGUGUGUGUGGAGAGGCAGUGGGGGCAGAGAGGAAGCCCCUGGGAGUUCAACCUGCGCGACAUGUUCCGCUGGUGCCAGCUCAUGCAGAGCGACCAGUCCCCGGGGUUCUUCAACCCGGGCCAGCACGUGGUGGUGCUGUACGCCGACAGGAUGAGGAGCGAGGCCGAUAAGGCGCAGGUGCUGCUGUUGUUCAGGAAGGUGUUUGGAGAAGACUUUGAGCCGUACUUGGGCUCCAGAGAGUUUCACAUCACUCCUCUCAACGUGCAGGUGGGCUUCUCCGUGCUGCACCGCGGCGGGGGAGCCCCGGUGGCCCUGGACCCCCCCCUGUCCGUCACCCACCAGGCCCUGCGGCCCCUGGAGUCCCUGAUGAAGUGUGUGGAGAUGGGCUGGAUGAGCAUCCUGGUGGGGCCCACGGGGAGCGGGAAGACCAGCCUGGUGAGACUGCUGGCUCUGCUGACAGGACACCGGCUCCGGGUUAUGGCCAUGAACAGCGCCAUGGACACCACGGAGCUGCUGGGAGGCUUCGAGCAGGUUGACAUCAUGAGACCGUGGCAGCAGGUGCUGGAGAGCGUGGACUACAUGGUUGCCAUGGUAACCCGGCGGGGGCUGAUGUCGCUGGACGUCGGCCUGCAGGACACGGAGUUCCUGCUGCACACGUGGGGCCUGUUCUGCCAGUGGCUGAAGGAGAAAGGCCUGCAGGGAUCAGGGGGGAGCGUGGGCUCGGAGGCCCUGAACAGGCUGGAGGUCAUCAUCCUGCUGCUGCAGAAGCUCAACACCAAGCUCAAAGUGCUCACCGACAUGUCCAAGCUCCAGAAGGACUUUACCCUGCUGAAGGAGCGUCUGGCUCAGCUGGAGGACGGCUGGACCAACGGGGGCUUCGAGUGGCUGGACGGCAUGCUGGUCCAAGCCCUGCAGGCCGGGGACUGGCUGCUCAUGGACAACGUCAACUUCUGCAGCGCUUCCGUCCUGGAUCGCCUCAACGCUCUGCUUGAGCCCAACGGAUCCCUCACCAUCAACGAGCGGGGUGUCAUAGACGGAAAAACCCCCCAGAUCACCCCACACCCUAACUUCAGGUUGUUCCUGACCAUGGAUCCCGUGCACGGGGAGCUGUCCAGAGCCAUGAGGAACAGAGGAGUGGAGAUCUACAUCCCCGGGGAACAUGACGGGGUGUGGGACUCGCUGGACCUGAAGACCCUGCUCCACACGGCCGGGGUGACGGGGGACUGUGUGUGUAAACUGCUGAUCCAAAUCCAUAAAGGCAUCAAAGCUGCCAUCUGGGAUUCCCCGGCCUCCUCGGUGGCUUCCCUCCUCCACGCUGCCACCCUGCUGUCCUGCCAGCUCCAGAGGGGGGUGGAUCUACCCAGUGCCCUGCAGCACGCCUGCGGAGAGGCCUACUCUUCCUGCCAGAGAUCCACGGCCAGCCAGAAGCAAGCUCAGCAGGUCAUCGAGCAGCACCUGGCGGUCCUGGAUACGGAGGACUGGGGCAACGGACUGCUGUGUGCCGGAGUCUGGCCCGACGGCCUGCCCUCCGCCCUCUUCUGCACCGAGGACUCCUGCUUCUCCUCCGUCCUCCGGGACGGACAGGUCCUGCUGUUCUGUCUCAACACCCUCAGCCUGCAGGGAACACGGAGUCGUCCCCUGAGCCUGACCGACCUGCGGCGGGCCAUGCAGAGCAGCGCGGCCCACGACGGCCCGGCGUUCUCCGGAGGGGUGGUGGAUCUGGAGGACGGAGACGCCCUGAGACUCAUCCCCACGGCAGUGAAGCUGGUGACGGAGAGGGCUUCACACGGAGACUGGGUCCUGCGCAGCAGCUGGCUGUCCCACCUGGGGAAGAGCUACAAACACGCCCCAGAUUCAGCGCUGGUCCAGGUGGAAGCAGGAAACCGAGCUCUGAAGGCAGCGCUGAGCAGCAAGCUGGCUACCAAGGGCAGGUCUCUGGCCGGCCUGCUCCAGCCCCACAGCAUCGAUGAAUACAGGAUUUUGGUGGACAUGCGCUGGAACAAGCAGUACUUGGAUAUUUUAGCCAACAAGUGCAACUUUGAGGAUGAAGAAAGAUACAUGGAGUUCCUGGAGGCUCUGAAUGCAGUCGCUAACAGGAUUGCGUUGGUGAUGGACAGAGAGGCGAGGUCUGUGAUCUGCAGUUCUGCCAGUAACCUGUCUGCCCCCAGCUGUGCCCUGAGAGUCGCUACCGCCUUCAGUAAAGGGACGGUGGACAUCGGCCAGCUGCCUCAUCCCGUCCUCAUGCACCUCCGGACCUUCCUCGACCUGUGGGACUCCUUCAUCCUCCGGGCCGUGCAGAGUGGACAGCCCCACAUCUCCGAUCACAUCAUGUUUGAGAUCCUGCAGCUGCUGCAGUGGCUGGACCGUUUCUGGGCCGUGUGUGGCGCGGUUCCUCCUGAUGCCCCGGGCGUGUCGGUGCUGUCGCUGCACUGGCAGUGGGUGCAGAAGCACCUCAUCUCCCGCCUCCCCCAGCUGCUGCUAGGAGAGACAAAUACAACGUUUGAAGGUCACCAGGAGUUGGAGGCGGUGUCAGCAGCCAUGCAGACGGUUCUGUCCACACCCGUGUCUGUGGCCUCGGCUCUCAAGGGCAUCCAGAAAACCCUGGGGAAAGCUCUGCCCUUCAAGCUGGAGACGGUGGCCGAGUGUGCGUCCCGCCUCAAGCUCUUGAGCACAGCUCUGGACGCCAGCGACCUGCGGCUGGAUCACUCUCUGGAUCCCUGGAAGCAGGAGCUGGUUAGAAUCCGGGGUGCCGCCCUUGAGCUGGACAUCAAAGAAAGCCUGUUAGAAGCGAUGGGGCUCGUGCUGUUGGCCAACAACCAGCUGGACCCGCAGAAAUCUGGAGUGUUGGAGAAGUUGGUGUCCAGUGUGGAGCAGCAGCACCGUCACAUGACCUCCAAAGGGCUGCUGCAGGCCUGUCCCCCGUCAGAGGGGGACGAGCCGCCCAGAGCCCUCAUGUCCAGAGAGGAGCUGCUGCAGCUGGGUCACCGGGCCCAGCUCUGGCCCCUGAUGGAGAAGCUGGCCGUGCUCAACCAGCUGAGACUCAGCACAGACCUGCUGUACCUGGCUCUCUCUCCGGGGGACCAGGAGUCUGAGAACGUCCUACGUCGGGAGCUGUCCAGACACCUGCGUUACUGCCUGCAGUCCACCCCCAUGAACGUUGGCCUGCUGCAGUGUCUGUGGUUCCUGCUCAGCAGUGACCGGCUGGCUGAGGAGCUGCAGCUGGUGUGGUGUGAGCUGCUGUCGGAGGCUCUGGCUGCUCUCUGGACCUGCGGCGUGACCUCCGACCCUGAGCGCUGGCUGAGAUGGGACCCCGUUAGUGGAGAGACCCGGGAACAUCUAACAGUCCCUCAUGGAGGAAAUACCAUGGGUCCAGCUCUCCUGAGUAAAGCGGUGUGGUCCCGGUGCAUGCUGGGAGUUCUGAGCAGCAGUGCUGCUGCUGCUGGAUGGGAGCCGGCCGGGGUGGCCCUGCUCUCCCUGUCCCAGGUGCGGCUGGGCGGGUGGAGGGAGCGGCUGCAGCAGCUGCAGGAACUCUCUGCCGUGCUGUGGGACAACAUGGCCCUCCCCGCUCUGGCCGACUUCAGGCGUACAGACUUCCGUCUGCAGGGAGCGGUGCUGCGGCGGCAGCUGCAGAGCAUGACCGACCUGCUGCCCCCCGGCCUGCAGGAGGGCUACAUGGAGAGCUGCGAGAGCCUGGUGGAGGACGCAGACCCUCGCAUCGCCGCUCAGGAGAUCCAGACCGUCUUCAGAGACUUCCUGCCCCCCCACCUGCUCCCCGAGGGCCUGCUGGGAGCCUGCACCGCCGGCCUGCAGCAGUACGUGCAGAGCAAGCUGCAGGGCUCCGGCCCCCCGGCCCCCUCGGGGGUGUUCUGGGUGAACAUGGGCCUGGUGCAGAUCAGGACCUGGACCCCACAGACCAUCUUUGACCCCGCUGUGAAGAGGGCCUACAAACUCAGCUAUGCUCAGCAGGAGCUGGCUCUUCUGCAGGAGGAAUGGCGAGCGCGGAGCCUGUCGUCUCAGCUGACGACCGGGUCAGAGCUGGAGGAGAGCAGCACCACCGACGGCUUCCAGCACCCUCGGAUCAGGUACGUGUGGAUCCGUGAGCGGCAGCUGCAGCAGCAGAUCUCAGAGCUGUCCAGGAAGCAGGCCCACCGGCCCCAGCAGGCCGGCUACGGCCGGCUCUUCCAGGACCUGCAGCACUACCUGGGCAGCGUGGGCCAGGCGUCGGCCGUGCAGGAGCUGCAGGCCCGGCUGCAGCAGGCCCUGCAGGCCCCCCGGGGCCUCCAGGGCUCCUCCAGACCCCCGGCAGCCGUCCGGGCGCUGCUGAAGGAGGAGGCCGUGUGGCAGAACUCCCAGCAGCGCUUCUGCCUCAAGCUGGUGGAGGACUACCCGCUGUACCCGGACGUGGUGGGCCCCAUCCGCACCGGCAUCCUGCAGCUGCGCUACGGCAUGAGGCUGCUGGCCUCCCAGGUGUCUGCCGCCCUCACCCCCGUCCCCGGCCUGCCCCGGCUGGUGGGCUGCCUGCUGGCCUUCCCCUCGGUGUCGCCCGCCUCCCCCUCCCACCUGGCCCAGGCCGACUUCCUCUGCUCCAGCGCCUGCAUGGAGGUUCUGGGCAGCCUGGCCAAGCUGCUGCCCCCGCAGGACCCGGGUCACGUGAUCCCCCCGUCCUCCACGCUGCUGCUCAACGCUCUGCUGUACCUGCAGUGCCACGUCCUGUCCACGGGCCGCUUCAGCCCGGAGUCCUGCAGCCUCUUCAGGCACAUCUGCCAGGCUCUGGUGAACGACUGGGAUGAGCAGGAGAAACGGAAGAGGGAACAGGAGCAGAUGGAGGCCAGUCUGUACCGCAGCCGCAGCCAGCUGCACGGCUCGGGCCUGACCGAAGCCGAGCAGGAGGAGGAGGAGUUCAGACGCCAGUUCCCUCACUUCAGCAAGGACUUUGCAGAUAUAAUGUCCCAGCCCAGUCUGGAGGGUCCUGACCCCGGGCCGGAGGAGGAGGAGGAGGACCAGGGCCAGCAGGAAGCUGCUGGUCAGGGGACUCUGUCCUGGUGUGCCAUGAACACGCUGACCCAGGUGCACCAGAGCUUGUGUCUGGGAUACGCUGGGUCUCUCUGGUACCAGAGUUCGGCCCCUGCCCAGCGUAGUACAGAGCACAUCAGAGCCCUGGUGUCCUCCUAUCAGAUUGCUUCCCCCGUGAUGUCGCGCUUCUAUCAUCUGAUCGAUUCAGAGAUGGACCAGCAGCUGACAGGGAGCGGGCUCCUGCUCUCCACCCUCCUCCAGAACACGGUGCAGGGCUCGGGAGGUCCGGACGGUCUGUCCGUCACCUCGGAAGGGCCGUCUGACUUUUACCAGCACCCCAACAUGAGCGAGGCGCGGCUCUGCCUGCCUGUGCUGGAGCGGCUGAGCGCGGCGGUGAAGCAGAGGCUGCAGGACUGGCCCGAGCAUCCCGCCCUCCUGCAGCUGCUGGUGGUGAUGGAGAGGAUCUCCACCUUCAGCCUGGCCAGCCCACUGGCCAAGUUCCUCAACGGUCUGGAGAUCGUUCUCUGCAAAGCUCAGGACUGGGAGAACAACGCCAGCCGCUCCGUGUCUCUGCGGAAGGACCUGGAACCCGUCACGCAGCUCAUCAUCCAGUGGCGCAAGCUGGAGCUGAGCUGCUGGUCCAACAGUCUGGACAACGCCCUGAAGCGCCACACGGAGAAGUCGACCAAGCACUGGUUCUCCCUGUACCAGCUGGUGGAGCGGUAUCUGCAGGAGCAGAGCGGGGAAGCUGCUGCAGGUGAGGAGGUGGAGCUGCUGUCUCUGUCCUCCGUGUCCUCCACCCUGCAGGCCUUCGUGGAGGGCUCCAGCCUGGGCCAGUUCCACACCCGUCUGCGGAUGCUGCUGGCCUUCCACUGCCACCUGCUGCUGGUGCCGGGCCGGCCCGGACAAGAGUCUCUGUCCAGCCUGCUGUGGAACCUUCACAAGUACUACAGCCAGUUCUCUGAAGCCGUCCAGACUAAAGUCAGUCAGCUCAGGCAGCCCAUCGAGAAGGAGCUGAAGGACUUUGUCAAGAUCUCCAAAUGGAACGACGUCAGUUUCUGGUCCAUCAAGCAGUCGGUGGAGAAGACCCACCGCACUCUCUUCAAGUUCGUCAAGAAGUUUGAGGAGGCUCUGAAUGGUCCCAGCGUGACUGCUCUGGUAGAGCAAGGAAGCAGCGCAGGUUUGGACGGCGUGGACCUGGACCCCAAGGAGACUCCGGUUCAUCGGGUCCAUCGCGUGCUGAAGGACACGCUGCCCGGGAAGGGCAGAGAUCUACAAGUUCAGAGUGAGGAGCCGGGAGACGGCGCUGAAGCAGCAGCAGCGUCUCUGCAGGCCCGUCUGCCGGUCCUGUCCAGGAGGAUGAAGAAGAUGUGCUGCCAGCUGCUGAAGAAAGACCCGCUGCCCGAGCUGGUGGAGGACCUGGACUGCUUCACAGGUGAAAUUAUCAGCAACCUGCAGGAGCUGCAGACUCUCACCAUAGACACCACAGCAGAUAAAGACAAGCAGAAGACGGAGGUGAAGCACAUCCUGCAGCAGAAGCAGAGAGCGCUGUCUGACCUGUUCAAGAUGCUCUCUGAGAUCGGCCUGUCGUACCGGAAAGGCCUGACGUGGAACAGGAUAGCUGACCCGGUGAAGACUCUCUGUAUGCCGCCGCUGGAGAUGCUGCCGGCUCUGUCUGCUGCGGGGAACCAGGACCCAGCGGAGAAAACGUUAUUUACGGAGUUAUUGACGGCAUGGGACGGAUGUCAGAAGUAUUUCUACCGCUCGUGGGCCAGGAGGACGGCCCUGAAGACGGCCCUGCAGAACGCUGCCAAGGAGCUGGGUGUGGGGAACAUUGACCGCUGCAGAGGUUUUGCAGCUCACCUGUUCAAGCUGCUCCUCCGGCAGAGGCGCCGGCUGGCCGCGCUCACCGAGCACUGGAUCUCCCUCAGGAGGCUAACGAGCAACGUCCUGGACGUGAAAGAGCACGUGCAGAGCAGCGGCGAGGGCCCGGGCUGCACGCUGCCCCCUCAGCAGUCCCUGCAGGACUGGGUGAGCCGAGGCCACGCCCUGGCCGGCCAGUGUGCCGCCCUGCUGCAGCAGCUGGCCUGGCUGCUGCAGUGCUGCCCUGAAGCCCCCCAGCAGACGGAGCAGGACGGCAGCUGCAGCCAGCACACCCUGAGGUGCCCGUCCCCCCUGCCGGCCCAGCGCCAGCCUCCCGGCUGUGCCAUGAGGAGGGGAGACGCGGCGUGGAGCCGGCUGCACCAGGCCGUCGCUCAGACGCUGCAGCAGACCCGGAGCCUGAAGGAGGAGCUGGGAUCCAUGAGCCAGCAGGACAAUCGCAGAGUCCUCCACACAUGGAGUGAUUUCAGCACGUGCUCUUCAGCGCUGGAGCGGCUGGGAGCCGUGGCGGCUCAGAUGCCCUGGAUGGAGCAGCUGUUCACGGCCACGGUGUGUGCGGGCAGCGCCGACAGCCAGCCCACUGUUCCACAGAGCCUGCGCUACGUCCGGACACAGGUGGAGCCUUGUAUCACGGAGUUCACCGCCUGGAAGACCCAGCUGCUCUCCCUGGGACCCCCGCACACAGAUGACCAGUCAGCUUUCCGUACGGGGUUUUCUGCCGACCUGGAGGCCAGCAUCAACACGGUCCUGUGUGCCGUCCAGACUCUCGUGAAAAGAAGGGAGAAGGAGCAGCAGGGAGAUGAGAGGACAGACGGUGCUGGUGAGGAGAACGACCUGCUGAAGCCGGGCCACCUCACCAGACUCCUGCAGGAGGACAUUGAGGCCACGGUGGUGUCUCUGUCUGUGGAGGGCGUUGGGUCGGGGCUGGGGGGGCUGCUGACCCGUCUGAGGACACACAGAGACUCCUGCCAGCCCCCACAGCUUCAGGACAUCAACUGGGCGUGCAGGAUGCUGGUGCGUCUGGGACCUCUGCUGGAGCUUUACUCCGACCUGGUCCGGUACCAGCUGGCCGUGUCACUCGGAGCACACAGGACCACGGGGAAACUGCUGUCUGUCCUGGCCAGCAUCUUCACCGAGCUGGCACAGAAGGGCUUCUGCCUGCCCCAGGAGCUGAUGGCCGGGGGAGACGGAGAAGGGGCCACGGAGUUCCACGACUACGAAGGUGGAGGUAUCGGAGAGGGUGACGGCACCAAAGACGUCAGUGACAAGAUUGAGAAUGAAGAUCAGGUGGAGGAUACUUUCCAGGAAGGUCAGGAAAAGGAAGAGCAGCAGGAUAAAGAAAAGAUCAAAUCCGAAGACAACGCCAUUGAAAUGUCUGAAGACUUUGACGGUCAGAUGCACGACGGCGAUGAGAACGAACCAGGUGAAGAGGAAUCGGAUAAAGAGGAUGAAGAGGAACUGGACAAGAAGAUGGGAGACCUGGGAGAAGGUCAGACAGACACUCUGGAUGAGAGGAUGUGGGGGGAUGAUGAAGAGGAUGAGGAGGAGGAAGGAAGCACCAAGGAGGAGGAGUCUGGACAGGGCAUGGAUCAGAGUGAAUCACAGCUGGUGGCCAAAGAUGACAACCUGGAUGCAGCAGACCCCAACAAAGAGAAGAAACACCAGGACCGAGAUGAGGAAAUGUGUGACGAGGAGGAAGAGAAGAUCCAUGAACAAGGCGAUGAGAGGGAGUUCGAUGAGAACGAGGUGGACCCCUACCACGGUCAGCAGGAUAAGAGACCCGAGCCCGAGGCCAUGGAUCUGCCCGAGGACCUGAACCUGGACCAGCAGGCCGAGGCCGGAGACGAGGGGGAGGAGGAGGAGGGCGAUGAGGAGAAUCCACUCAACAUUGAUGAGCAAGCUAUGGAGCAGGAGGUGAAGGAGCAGGAGGGGAAGGAUGGAGGGGAGGAGGAGCAGGGGGAGCAGGAGAAGGAGGAGGAGGAGCGGCCCGGUGAAGAUCAGGAGCCCAGAACUGAAGAGAAGGAGGAGGAGGCGGAGAAGAACCAGGGCUCAGAGGAGCCAGCAGACCCCCAGGAAGAAAAGGAGGACGAAAAGGACAGAGGAGAGGAAACGGGAAGAGAGGAGGAUGUUCCUGUACCGAAUGACAGAGGAGAGAAACCACAGGAGGAGCAGGGGGAGAAUGAGGAGCAGCCCGACGCGGCUGAGAGGAAGGAGCACGCCACCGACGGCCAGACGGGAGAGGAGAACGUUCAGAGCGACACGGCCGUGGAGCUGGCGGGCGACGCGUCGGAGAGAGACCAGGCCAAAGAGGAGCACGGCAGCGGAGCCGCUGACGCCAGCCAAUCAGAGGGCCACCAGUCCCAGCUUACAGCACGCAUGGCUGCACACACACAAGCUCAGAGCAAGACCCAGAGCUUCAAGAGGAAGCCCGGGCAGGCGGACAACGAGCGCUCCACGGGCGACUACAACGAGCGCAUUAACAAGCGCCUGCGCACGGUGGAGAGCAGCGAGGAUCGCAGCGAGGAACAGCAGAGCGGCGCCAAGCAGGAGUCUGAUCUGUACGAGCACAUCAAGCAGGGAGAGGCGGCCUACGACACUCAGACCUACGAUGUUGCCAAUCAAGACCAGCAGAAAGCAGCAGAGCCCCAGAAAGACCAGAGCGAAGAGCAGAGUGAUGAUGUUGCCAUGGAGACGGAGGAGCAGGAGGAAGAGCUCCAUGCUGCCGAGAUCCAGGAGCUGAAACCUGAGCAGUUGGACUCUAACAAAAGCUCAAAGAAAGGUGUGGAUAGUGGAGAACUGGAUGUGCAGAUGCAGGGAGAGGAGGAAGAGGAAGACGAGAGGCGGAAGGACCAACAACAAUCCAGAGAAGACAACCGAGCAGAGAGAAGCACAGAAUCCACAAUUCACACGGUUCCAGAGCUGCUGCAAGAUGCCCUGCAGAAAGAGGAGAGAGACCCGGAGGAGAUGAGGAGAGAGAUGGAGCUCCAGCUGGAGGCCUUUCAUAAACUGGCUCCAGGCACUCAGGAGGAGGAGAGCGCGGCGGCGUCCAUGUGGCACCAGUACCAGGCUCUGGGCGGGCCUCUCUCCCAGCAGCUGUGUGAGCAGCUGCGCCUCAUCCUGGAGCCCACGCAGGCCGCCAAGCUCAGAGGCGACUACCGCACAGGGAAGCGUCUGAACAUGAGGAAAGUCAUCCCGUACAUCGCCAGUCAGUUCCGGAAGGAUAAGAUCUGGCUGAGGAGGACCAAGCCCAGCAAGAGGAACUACCAGAUCUGCCUGGCCGUGGACGACUCGUCCAGCAUGGUGGACAACCACUCCAAGCAGCUGGCGUUCGAGUCCCUGUCUGUGAUCGUCAGCGCGCUCACGCUGCUGGAGGUGGGACAGGUGUCCGUGUGCAGCUUCGGGGAGCAGGUGCAGCUGCUUCAUCCCUUCCAGCAUCAGUUCAACGAGCAGUCCGGCGCUCGCAUCCUGCGGCUCUGCCAGUUCCAGCAGAAGAAGACCCGGAUCGCCCAGUUUUUGGAGACCUCGACGAAAAUGUUUGUCUCUGCACGUCAGCAGAUUCCUGGCUCUGCGAAUGCAGAGACGGCGCAGCUGCUGGUCAUCGUGUCUGACGGCCGGGGCCUCUUCCUGGAGGGGAAGGAGCGCGUGAUGGCGGCCGUGCGGGCGGCACGGGCAGCCAACGUCUUUGUGAUCUUUGUCGUCCUGGACAACCCCAACUCACGGGACUCCAUCCUGGACAUCAAGGUGCCCGUGUUCAAGGGGCCGGGGGAGCUGCCGGAGAUCCGCUCCUACAUGGACGAGUUCCCCUUCCCCUUCUACGUCAUCCUGCGAGACGUCAACGCCCUGCCCGAGACCCUGAGCGACGCACUCCGCCAGUGGUUCGAACUGGUCACUGCAGCCGACCAGUAAACCCAGGAGAUGUUUCUCUGCAAGGGAAGGGAUGGAAUGGAUCCCCUAAAUAUCAGCCGCAUCUGGAGAAAAGAUUGACUCGCCAUGUACAUGUGCCUUCCAUUCGUUGUUUUUACUGUAGAUUUGAGCUGUUUCAUAGAAGUCUCAAGUGUUUGGUUUUUAUCAUGGGACUUCAGUUUCUUUUAUAAUGUGAACUUGCAUGUCUGAGAUGAAAUAAAGAAGUGAUAUCUGUAUGUGUGACGUAUCAAUAAAUACCUCUGUGCCCCGUGCAGCAGCUCUGGUUUCAUCUGUGCAGAUGUUCCCGUCAAACAGCAGGAUUCUUCCUCCAUGUUUGGAGCUGCAGGGCUCAACUCUUCCCAGUCUGGACUCAGUCCUAGCGUCAGAGUUGGGAAGAAUUACUCCCAGCUAUUUAGAAGUGUCCCUAGAGCAGUAUUGCAUCACAUAUUUGGAUCUAAUGCACUUUGAAGCACAGCAAAGUCCAUGUUUUUAUGGCUUAAAGAUACGAUUUCUGUGCCACUAGCUCAUCACUGUGUCCGUUAGGAGAGUGUGCUGAUGUGGAUCAAAUGGGAUUAUUUUAUAACGUGUUUUAUUGUAUCCAUGUGUAAUAAAUGGUUUAGAAGGCAGCGCUGUAAUAACGAGUCAUGA